AUGUAUGCUGGUUCGGGUGGAAAUGGAUGCGUGUCGUUUCUUCGAGAAAAAUAUAUUGAGGAGGGUCCACCUAAUGGUGGUGACGGCGGCAGCGGCGGGAGCAUUUAUAUCCAGGCCGUCGAAGGCCUUACCAGCCUGCAUAAGCUUGCUCGCCGGGGUAUCAUCAAGGCCGGUCGUGGCAAAAAUGGACAGGGCAAGAGCCAAGGUGGCAAGCGGGGCCAGGACGUCUUGAUACAGGUCCCCGUCGGGACUGUAGUUCGUGAGGUGGAUAGGUACGACCCUGUUGCCGAGGAACAAGCUCGCCUAAAACGACGCAAGAUGGACGUCGAUGAGCAUAACGACAUCGGCCUACCUUCUGCACAUCAAAACCGUUGGGUGCUCUACCCCGGGGCAAAUCCAUCCGAUUUCUUGACAACUGCAUUCCCAAGGAAUCCACCCCGGCGUCAACAUAUUUCUGCGAUGGAACCAAAAGCACCUGUGCACCUCGACUUUUCCAAGCACAUGGAUAAACCAAUUUUGCUGGCGGCAGGGGGAGUCGGGGGGCUGGGAAAUCCACAUUGGGUGUCCCGUUCCAUCAACAGGCCCAAGUUUGCAUCGAGGGGCGAAGGCGGGAUGCGUCUAGAAUUGGAAUUUGAAUUGAAACUGCUUGCAGACGUUGGACUGGUCGGGAAGCCCAAUGCUGGCAAAAGUACUCUGCUUCGCUCCUUGACCAAUAGUCGCACCCGGAUAGGAAACUGGGAAUUCACCACACUCUCCCCCAAUAUCGGCACAGUUGUCAUUGAUGACCACAAAGGCAGGCCCUUGGUUGAAUAUAAGGGAAAAGUCGCGCGAACAAACUUUACCAUUGCAGACAUUCCCGGAUUGGUUGAGGAUGCACAUCUUGAUCGUGGCUUGGGGCUAGGGUUCCUGCGACAUAUCGAGCGGGCUGGAAUUUUGGCCUUUGUGGUAGAUCUCAGUGCAGGAGAUCCGGUUAAGGGACUUCAGAAUCUCUGGUAUGAGCUCCGAGAAUAUGAGCGGAUACGCGAUACGGAGCCAAUUUCGCAAGAUGAAGAAGAUCCUUUAGCUUGGAUUCCACCAGCUGCCGGUCUGCCGGAGCUUCACUCCCAAGACGAUGAAUUGGUGAUGAGUAAGAGAAGCCUCCCCUCUCUUACCCUCCCUCCAAUUCACACAAAGCCAUGGUUUGUCGUGGCUACCAAAGCUGAUCUGCCUGAAACUCAAGAGCCGUAUAAGAAGUUACGUGAGUACCUCAGUUCUGUUGAGAAAGAGCAAGUUGAACAUCCCGGAGGCCACACGGAUGCCUGGAGGGAAAACAUCUGCGCGAUUCCUGUGAGCGCUAUAAGGGGCGAAGGCGUGGGCCAUAUUCCAAAGCUCGUGAUGGAACUUCUGGGUUGA